AAACCGGCAGAAAGUUUAUGCCAGUCUGCAGACAUGAUGGCAUAAAUGAAACUUGGGUCCGCUUCAUAAAGAAGGAGAAAAUAACAUCUGGGUGACAGCAGCAAUGCUCCUGCCGCUAGAAUCAGCGUCAACUUUAAUGCUCAAUCUCAGUGAGGUUGGAUGGAGAGCGUUUGUGAACAGCAGUCUUCAGCUCUGCCCACCGAUUCUCGAUUGGAUUCAGAAUCAUGCCGUGGAUGAAGUGGAGGAUGACCCUGGACUCCCUGUGUGGACGGACAAGGAGGCUGAACUGCUUCUUCUGGAUCAUCCUGUUGUUUGCUGCCGGAAGUCUGUUUCUCUUCAUCCAAAAGUUAGACCAGUCAGAAAUGGUGCCCCGACAAGGAACUGAUAUGAAGCUCAGUGAGACUGUGCAGCAGGCCACGGAGGACAAAGAGCACAGAAAGUCAAAAGGUUAUCAGGAGCACCAGGUGGCUGACGUCAUCGUCCCGAGUCCAAUCUCCCCCAUGCAGUUCCCGAAGUUCUGGAAGAGCCAACAGCUGGUCUCAGGUGGAUCCCAGGAACAAGACUUGGGCUCCCAGCGCGUCUCCAAGAGGCACCGCAAGCUCCUGAAAACAAGUCCUCCCAACCAGCACACCAACGACUCUUCCUUUUCUCCGUUGUCAGGAUUGUUUCCGCUCCAUCGCUGGAGGAAGUUCUCCAGCAUCAUGGAGCAACGUCGGCAGCUCACCAAGAACAUGUGCGCCAAGUAUAAGAGCAACAUCUCCAAGACCAUCACGUGGCACCACAUGAACAGCUUUUACGUCGAGGACAAGCACAAGCUCCUCUACUGCGAGGUGCCCAAGGCAGGGUGCUCCAACUGGAAGCGGACCCUGAUGGUGCUGGCAGGCAAAGCGUGGGACCCGCGGAACAUCAGCCACGACACCGUCCACUACCACAACCACCUGAAGACCCUGAACAGCUUCGACCAGCACGGCAUCAUGCAGCGGCUGAGCAGCUACACCAAAGUCAUGUUCGUGCGAGAGCCUCUGGAGAGGGCUGUGUCGGCAUACAGGGACAAGUUUGAGAACCCCAACAAGUAUUACCACAAUUUAUUUGGAAAGCCCAUCAUCUCCAAGUACAGGCCCAACGCAUCCAGGUCGGCCUUGGAGUCGGGCAACGGCGUCACCUUCCAGGAGUUUGUCCAUUACCUGCUUGACGUGCACCGGCCCGUGGGGAUGGACAUUCACUGGGAGGCGGCCAACCAGCUGUGCAACCCGUGCCACAUAGACUACGACUUCAUCGGCAAGUUCGAGAACAUGGCGGAGGAGUCCAACCUCCUGCUGCGCUUGGUCAGGGCGCCACGCAACCUCACGCUGCCCAACUUCAAGGACCGCAAUUCGGCUGACAAGAAGACGACGUUGCAGAUCACGCAGAAGUACUUUGCGCAGCUGAGUACUUUGGAGAGGCAGCGGAUGUACGACUUCUACUACAUGGACUAUCUCAUGUUUAACUACUCCAAACCUUUCCAAGAUCUAUACUGACGGACCCCGUCGACAUUCGCCGCCGCCACUUCUGCAGCUACUCUACGUUUAAGUCAUCUAGUUAACGGAUUUUUGUUUUUUUGGUUGUUUUGAAACUCUUUUGGAAGACAUUACAAGAUGCAAAUAUGUGCAUAAUGCUGCAUUUGGUUUGUGGCUACCACUUGACAAUAAGCAUGCCCUUGUAAAGGGUUUAUGAAUGAUUUCAUUAGAUUGCUUAUGAGCACGUUUGUUCAGGCUUUCUAAAGCCAAAGUUGCUAUCAAUCAUCAUAAGUGUGGGAGUUGGACCAGAAUAUAAUUAUAUUUAAAUUUUGUUUUAUAAAUGAGCAAUUUUACAAUUAGAUGUGUUGCAAAAAAAAAAAAAAGCUACAACAGUUAUGGGCAGCUAUUCAAAAGCUGUUUUCUUUUUGAUGUCGAGUUUAUUUGUAUAGCACUUCAUCUUAAAAUAGUCUCAGAGGACUUCACAGGCCCAUGGUUGAUAAAAUCUCACCCGGCCCCCGACCCAAAAAAUGUCAAAUCCAUCACCAAUCUAGAGCUGACAUCAGAGAGGAAAAACGUUUUGCAAAAGCCGUCCACUGCGGUCGCUAAUGCCCAACUUUGACGUGGAGACUCAUGCAUAUAGAAAAAAACAGUUUUGGAAUCGAGACACGCUGCAGUAACUGACAUCAAGACUCACACGUAUUUAAGAAAACAAGAUUGGAAUAGCUGCCCAGUGUGCCCCCGUGCAACUUUGACAUCGGUACGAGUCAUGCUCCAUCGUAAGCAGAUUAUAACUGGAUCUUAUGAACAUACAAAUGAAACUAAAACCAUUCAUAUGCCUUUUAAACGGGUAACACCUCAUUGUAAAAUGGUGCCUGUUUGUGUGAGGUUAACAGUACUAUUGACUUUCUAAAAAUGCAAUAUAUAAUUAUUAAUAUCAUUAUCGACGAGCACACCCCGAGGUACUUUUGGAAUUAUAGAUGUUUGUGCUUCAUUUUGGGGAAAACACAAUAAAAACUGGUUUUGUAGUAUUCAGCAAGUCGAAUACAAAAUAACAACAAAUGCCUUUCCACCAGUUGCGUUUGCUACUUGACUUAAAGCAGCUCCGCCGUCUGUAUACCUCUAUGUAUCAGUGCAUAGUAAUACACAUAUUUGAUGUACAUGGUUUUGCUAAACAUAAACCCAAACAAAAUGGACUACAUUGGAAUCCCAUUGGCCCCUCUCUCAAAUAUGUACAGUGCUGCCCACUCUGGAGCCGUGUGCACUUAUGGUAGCAUUUUUGUACUUUUGUGGUAUUUUAGGUUUGUGCUUUGAAAUCCUACUUGUCACUUGGAGGUAUUUACUUGGGCAUCCAGGUAUUUACAGGGUACAACGUGUUGCUGCCUGUUUGUGGUACAGACUUUCCAAAGUGUUUUGAUAGCAGUAAUGCAAGCAACUUUGUAUUUACUCAAAUUAAACAGAUUUGGUCCUUUGACAAUCGAAAUAUGUAUAAAGAGCAAAGAAACGAGAAUUUAGUAGAAUUUUGUGCCAAAGUUUUAGACUUUAUGCCAACUUAAUAAUUGCAUUUAUUUUUAAAUCUCCUUUUUAAACAGAAUCUUUAUCAGUCUCUUUCUGUUUCUUUUUCCAAGCAACAAUUUUUUUACUUGUACUUUUGCAUUUUUUUUCUCGCCAGAAUUUGGAAAGAACAAUUUCCUCACUGACCACCCCCCCACCCCACACACACACACCAAUAAAAAAAAAAUGUCAUCUUAAUAUAUAUUAUAGUGUGAAUAUGGAAUGUUUUCAGACACCUUUCAAUUUUUCUCUCUUUGUUAUAUUGCAGCUAUUUCCUAUGCUCACCAUGGGAUGUCUUGUCUGGAAGGAAAGCGCUGACAGCAUCAGGAAAGAGAAUUAAAUUAUUGGACUUUUUUUUUUCUUUUUUACAUGUAAUCAAGUGGUGAUUCCCAAACUUUCUCUGCAGAGCCCCUUUUUUGUUCAACAGAAAUUUUUCGCCCACCCCUCCAAAACGGACAAACAUACACAUAUUGUUUUCAGAUUCCAUUGCUGUUUAUCUCACACAUUGUGAUUAAUAUAAACCUCAAAAUGUUUUGAAAAAAUGAAAGUGAACUGCCUUAACCUGGAGGUUGUACUAAGUGUAACUUUUUUCAAGCACCUUAACUGUCUAAUUAUGUGCAGGGUAACAGCAAUUCAUGCAAUUUUUUUCAUUCAUUCAUUCAACCUGUGGUGCCCCCCUCCUCCCUAAAAUUGCUUUGCGCCACCCACAGUGGGCCAUGUCCUACUGUCCCCCUAAGCUCACAAUCACAUCCUUCCAGGUCUCACUGUCAUUGCCCAUGUGAGCACUGAAGUGCCCCGGCAGAACGAUGGAGUCCCUCAGGAGAGCGAUCUCCAGCAGCCCCUCUUAGGACUACAAAAACGGUGGGUCCUCUAAAUUGGUUUUUGGUGCAUAAUCACUAACAACAGUCAGGACACAUCCCUCCACCCAAUGGCGGAGGGAGGCUACAUUCUCGUCCACCAGGGUGGCCAAGCUGUGCGUGGAGAUGAGCUCGACUACAUCUAGUCGAUCUCGAACACCCGGGCCCCAUCCCUCCCGGAGAGGUUAUGUUCCACAUCCCUGGAGCCACAUUCUGUAAUCGGGCAUCGGAUCCCCAAGGUCCUUGCCUGGACCUAACCCUUAUGGCCCCACGGGAAGAAGGACCCACAUUAUCCUUUCGGGUUGUGCUACACGAGCCCCACGCGUGCAGGCCCGGCCACCAGGCAUUCGCCUUCGAGACCCUGGUGUAAAUCUAGAUCCAUUUAUUUGAUUUGUUAUAGGGGGCCAUUUGUCUGGUCCCUUAACUAGGACCUGUUUGCCAUGAGUGACCCUGCCAGGGGCAUAAAGACAACUAAGCGCCAAGGAUCACUGGGGCACACAAAGCCCUCCACCACAAUAAGGUGACUGCACAGGGAGAGGCUGCUCUGCAUUAAAUAUAAAAUGGAUAUUAGUGGGGAACGGGGGUUAUGCAUCUGGUGAGAUACUGCGCCCAAUGCAGAAUUCAUGUCCGCAUUAGUUUUACAACUGAAUUACAGUUCUUUGACAAACACCUUAUAAAUAAAUAAAACCAACAUGGUCUGUAGGGUCCGGUCUUGCUUGAUCACAACUGGGAAUAAUUUAACAUUUUGAACAUGUUUCAGUUUGUCAUUCAUAAAUCACAAAAAAAAUCACUUUCCCAAUUUUCUACUAAAGUCUCGUGGCAAAACUUUUCCCAAUGAGUCGCUGUGAACUGCUCAGUCAGUAACACUGUACCCAACGCUACAUACACACGCGCGCACACAUACAUGCUACACAAACACUGUAUGUAUCAAACCUAGUCUGCAGCCUUGUAUAAGCUUUUAUCCACACACUUUAUUGUGUACAAUUGUAUAAUGGGCAUUCAGAUGACUCUAUAUUUUUCUAUGUAUUUCUAUAUCUAGACACACACAUAUCGAUACAUAAUCAGUGCUUCUUGGUGUGAAGUUAAAUUGUUUUUGUUUUGAUGUCAUUGAUUGUGGUACCAUGCGUCGUCAACUGCGGUUUAAAAAAAAAAUGAAAGGCUUCAGACAAAGUUGGGCCCCCAAAGAGUGGACUGUGCUUGGUGUGCAUGCUUGCACAACUUUCUGACAGUUGUCAAUCAUUAUACAAUUCAAUCUGGAACGAGUUCCCAGCAUUUGCAUGCUCCUUGUUAGGAAAACAGACAUUGCAUCCUGCCAAGUGAGCAAACCAGCAAAUAUCUGUUCUUGUAUUUAUUGGGCACAACUCUUAACAUGCAAGCUUCUUUGU